GUGAAAACAGACACGGCAAAGUAACAAAGAGAAGGAAAAUGAAGGAAGAGAACACGGAAUAAGGGGAGAGAGAGAGAGAGAGAUUCAAAAGGGCAGCGCAGGCAUUCCUCCACCACCACCGUCACCUUGGUGCCACCCCCGGAAGCCCCAGAGGACGAGGACUUACACCCACAAUAGCCCUUUAACAGCCGUCGAUCGAUUCUCUCCUCCCUCUUUGAUCUUCACAUUCCCAUUGUAUCUUCUAUUCUUUCCACCUUCAUCUCAAUCACAUCACCUGAGAUCGACUGUGGCUGCACAAAUCCUCAACCCUGUUUCGUCCUAAUUCGCUGCGAACAACAAAAACCUCUGCUUUUGGAUCCUCUCUUUCCAGCUCAAUUACGCCCGGAUCUGGGGAAACAGGAAUAAACUAACAAAUCAUGGAUGAGUUUCCUGGUCUGUUGGCGAGAGAUUUUGGGUUCAGACCGCAGGGCAAAUCGGCUCCAAUGGCGGCAUCCAAGGGAACUGGGAGCCUCGGAAGUGGUGGAACCCUAAAUUUUGGGAUCGGAUCGGGGGGUGACAUUAGAUCCUCCUCAUUUACGUCUCGGUCGAAAUCCGGAUGGAAUUCGAAUUCCGUUGGUGGGUCUUUCCUUGAUGAUCAUGAUGGUCUCUUUAGGCCUUCUGGGAAUCAGAAAACCCAAGAUUCUGGUGGUUUAGGGGGUUACGAUGAUGUCUUCGGUGGCCCUCCCAAGUACACCAAUCGGUCGGACAGUCGUGGUGGUGCCUCUUCUGCUUCUACGUUUGAUUAUGAUUCAAUCUUUCAGGGAUCAAAGGAUUCUGGUUCAAAGUCUUCAUCUUUACCCGUUUUUGAUAAGCCUGUGUAUGAUGAUGAUAUGUUCAACGGGUUACCGGGGACGAAGAGCUCGUCUUCUGUCAAGUAUGAUGAUGUGUUCUCUUCGAUGUCGUCGCCUCCUAAGCAGACUGCAUUUGAUGACUUGCUGGGAAAUUUGACUGGAAAGGAGCCAGAAUUCAAGAGCUCCAGUGGAAAGAGAUCGGGAAAAGUGGAGAAGGAUUUGCCUGGUUUUGAUGAUUUAAUACCUGGGUUUGGUGGGAGCAGCCCCUCGAAUAACAGGGGAACUUCGAAGGCCAGUCAGCGUCAGCAGUCUACUGUUCCUUCAAGUAAAUCAACUGCCAGUAUGAUGGAAGACCCCUUUGUAGUUUUAGAAUCAACUUCUACUACAGCUUACUCAUCCUCAGACAUGUUUACUGAUCCAUUGGAGCACAUGAGUAAGACUAGUAAUUCUGGAAGCACAAAGAUUGAUCCUUCUAUUGGCAGGGGAGUAUUUGAUGAUAUGGAUCCUCUUAAUGGGCUGGGGAAAUCAGUGCCAUCAUUUUCAUCUGAGAUGAAUAAUGUAGCAAAUGAUAAAAUCCCUAUAAAGACAGGAUCAAAUAUGACUGCUAGACAUACUUCAGCUGGCAAAGAACCAACUGAAAAGCCUUCAGCAAAGGUUUCCAACAACACCUCCCAAAAGAAGGUUUCUGUCGAUAAUUAUCAGGAUUCUCAUCAAACCCUAUUUGACAUGCCUACUGCAUCAUCAGACUCUCAGAAGCCAAGUUCUCAUUCUUCACAUGUACAUACUAAUUCCAAUGACAAAAGUCAGGUAGAUAUGUCUCCACGAUCUGAAGAAAAUAUGGAAGCAGCUGAUGAUAUAUGGCUCACUGUCUCUGAGGUUCCUCUUUUCACACAACCAACAAGUGCUCCACCACCCUCAAGGCCCCCUCCUCCUAGACCAGCUCAAGCUUCAAAGACAGAUAGAGGUUCAUUUACUGCUGUAAAUACAAAAAAGAAGGUUAAUGAGUCUUAUUUCCCAAAUUCUGCUCAAAACUUCCAAAGUAAUGUCCCUGAUUCAGUGAAGAAUCAAGGUGUAUCUUCAAUAGAUGAACUUGAAGAUUUUGCCAUGGGCAGGCCUCGAAGUAAUGCUGAUGAGAAUGUAGAUGUUUUUUCCAGUGAAGAAGACAUGGAGAGAAAUUCAGCUGCAGCUGCUAUGAAAGAGGCUGUGGAUAGAGCUGAGGCAAAAUUUAAACAUGCUAGAGAAGUAAGGGAGAGAGGAUUUGCAAAGGCUAGAAGUAGAGAAGCUGCACAUCUGGAGAAAGAUGAAGCAUAUGAACGCGAACAGAGGGAAAGAGAGGAGAAAGAGCGAGAACUGAGAGAUCGUGAACGGGAACAGAAGGAAAGAGAGGAGAAAGAGAGAGAACAAAGGAGACUAGAGAGGGAAAGGGAGAGACAACGGGAGAUUGAGAGGGCCGCAGUUCUAAGGGCACAAGCAGAAGCACGUGAAAGGGCAGCAGCAGAAGCAAGGGAAAGAGCAGAAAAGGCAGCUGCUGAAGCUCGCCUAAAAGCUGAAAGGGCUGCUGUUGAAAAGGCUAAUCAGGAAGCACGUGGGCGUGCUGAGCGAGCUGCAGUGCAGAGAGCACAAGCUGAAGCACGCGAAAGGGCAGCAGUGGAAGCCAGAGAAAGAGCAGAAAAGGCAGCCAUUGCAAGGGCAGAAGCAGAAGCACGAGUUAGAGCAGAACGAGCUGCUGUUGAAAGGGCUUCUGCAGAGGCUCGUGAAAGGGCUGCAGCAGCAGCAGCAGCUGCUGCUGCAAGGGAGAAUCAGCAAAAGAAUGGAAAUGAUCUGGAAUCCUUUUUCAGUAUGAGUGCUCGAGCAAACAGUGCUCCAAGGCCAAGGCCUACCACUUCGGACCCUGUUUUUGAUACCCAAUUCCAAAACAAGGGAGGGCCAGAUGGAACACGAAAGACAUCAUUUACUUCGUCCAGCAUGAGGAAGGCAUCUUCCACUACAAAUAUUGUUGAUGAUCUUACUUCGAUUUUUGGAGGUUCCCCAUCAUCUGGGGAAUUUCAGGAAAUUGAAGGUGAAAGUGAGGAAAGACGAAAAGCCAGAUGGGAACGCCACCAAAGGACUCAGGAGCGCGCUGCAAAAGCACUAGCUGAGAAAAAUCAGCGUGACCUUCAAACCCAAAGGGAGCAGGCAGAGAGACAUAGGAUUGCUGAAACACUGGAUGUUGAAAUAAAGCGUUGGGCUGCAGGGAAGGAGGGCAAUUUACGUGCUUUGCUGUCAACAUUACAAUAUGUUCUUUGGCCUGAAUGUGGUUGGCAGCCAGUUUCUUUGACUGAUUUGAUUACGUCUGCCUCAGUUAAAAAGGUGUAUAGAAAGGCAACCUUAUGUAUCCAUCCUGAUAAGGUGCAACAGAAAGGUGCCAAUCUUCAACAAAAAUAUAUAGCAGAGAAAGUGUUUGACCUUCUUAAGGAAGCAUGGAACAAGUUCAAUUCGGAAGAGCUGUUUUAAAUUCCUUGACUAUUCUUUCAUUCCAAGCCACUUCUUUAGACAAAUCGCAUGAGUUUAUUUGGAGAGAAAUGUUCAACUUGCAUCAGCUGAGAUAUUACUCUCCCAGUGCGUUUGUCUUGGUGUCGCUGAAGAGUUUCCUUCAUAAACUGCCGUGGCGGCCCAAGGAUAAAGACCGCUUGUUUGUUAUGUUGCUGUAAAUUGAUGUUGCUCGGGCAAUGUAUGAGUUUUAAUGCUACUGUAUUUGAAACUGGAAUGGCUGAUUGGUGUAGAGUGUUGGCCAUGCUGCUUCUCAUAUACACUUCUAUGGCCAAUUUUAUCAGCCACCCAUCUGAGUUGAGUUUCUUCUGUGUUAAUUCUUUCUGUGAGCUGAAUGAAUGCCAAUAUUUUAUUGGUGCCUUGCGAUAUCAAAACUGAAUUUCAAUUAUGUUUCUUGAGUUGAAAAUUCAAGUGCUAUACAAACUUUUCAUUUAUUUGUUUUUUA